AUGCAUAAAUAUAUCGACCGGAUCGUCAAUGAGGUGGGGGACAGUAAUUGCGGAUUCUGGGCCGUAUCGGCUUUGCUUGGUAAGGGAGAGGAUGCCCAUGAGCUUUUCCGUCAUGAUCUUAUCAAAGAAUUGGUGAACCAUAAAGACUCGUACACGCGGGUAUUUGGAGACGAAACCAAAUUUGAAUCGGUAAACGAGACUCUUGUUCCUUGGGGUGGUGCUUACGCACCGGUUUCGCAUUGGAUAAGAUUCCCGGACAUGGGGCAUCUUAUUGCAUCCGCAUAUGACAUCGUAUGCAUUGACUUGACGCGUUGCGGUUUUUCAGAAACCUUUUUUUCGCUCCGCACGACACCUCCUACAAAUCUAAUUGAUCGUAUUAUAUGUGUUAGAUGGCUCGCCAAAUCGCGUCAUUUUGUACAAGUUUACUUGAAACCGGGAUGCCCCAUACCACCUACUUCACCGAAAUGGACACUUUAUCACACCGAAUUUGCCGAUACGUGGCCAGACCGUUUUGUGGAUAGGAUGCACGCUUUUGAAAGGUUGAACAACACCGAGAAGGAAUCGAACGCCAAAAAGUCAAGAUUAGAACCUCCAAUAGAUUUAGUCAGUGAUAGCUCUUUUGAUGUAUUUAUGUAG